UUUAGUAGAGACGGGGUUUCACCACGUUGGCCAGGCUGGUCUUGAACUCCUGACCUCAGGUGAUCCGCCCGCCUCAGCCUCCCAAAAGUGCUGGGAUUACAGGCUUGAGCCACCGAGCCCAGCCCGAGAGGAUUUGUUUACUGCUUUAUCCCCAGUGCUAAGAAGUGUGCCCAGAACAUAGCAAGAGUUCAGGAAAUAUGUGUUGAGUGUUCACAUGUGACACCUUCAUGCUCUUAUUUCAUCCCUGGGAAUGUAGUCUCACCCCUGGGAAAGGAAGAGGGGCAGGUAGUAGAGAAAACUCUGAAUAGACAAAUUAAGUUUGCUCCUUUCCCAGCAAAAUGGAGGGCUUGGAAUAGAAAUUAAAUAUGGUCAGCGGGUACAGUGGCUCACGCCUGUAAUCCCAACACUUUGGGAGGCCAAGGUGGGAGGAUGGCUUGAAGCCAGGAGUUCGAGACCAGCUUGGGCAACAUAACAAGACCCCCGUCUCUACAGAAAAAAAUUUAAACUAGCUGGGCAUGGUUAGCAUGCACCUGAAGUCCCAGCUACUCAAGAGGCUGAGGUGAGAGGAUUACUUGAUUCCAGGAGUUUGAGGCUGUAGUGAGCUGUGAUUGCAGCACUGCCUUCCAGCCUGGGUAAAAGAGCGAGUCCUUGUCUAAAAAAAAAAAAAAGAAAAACAGUGUUGUCAGCUUGUCACAAAACAAAAGGGGAUGGUGACCUCACACACACAUGUGGUAGCUGCAAUUCAUCCCACUGCCCAGGGCUGAGGCCAGAGUUCAUGGGUGACCUCACAAUUUUUGGGGUGGCACCAGCCCACUGCCACAGCCCCAGUCCACUAUGCCACCCAUGCUGCGGCUGCUGCUCCACUUUGCUGCCCCGGCACUGGGGUUCUACUUUUCCAUCAGCUGCCCCAGUGGUAAGCAGUGCCAACAGGCCCUACUCUCAGGCAAUGAUAUUCUCCUGUAUUGCAACUCCUCGGGGGCGCACUGGUACUAUUUAUUCACACAAGGCAAGAAGGGCAGGCUCACCAGCCUCACCAAUAUUUCCAAUAUGGAAAUAAUGCCCGAGGGCAGCCUUCUUAUAAAAGAUCCAUUGCCCUCCCAGAUGGGCCUCUACCACUGCUGGAACAAGAAUGGCCGCCAAGUGGUGCAGUAUGAAAUUGACUUUCAGGAUGUCACCACCCUGCAUAUAACACACAAGGACCUGGGGCAGAGGCCCCUGCUGAACGAGACCCUGCAUUUGGGCAGCAGACAGCUCAUUUUUACCCGGUGGGAGCCCUGGCAGGACUGCAACCGCUGUGAGGAGCCGGGCGAGCGUAAACGCCUGGGGUACUGCUACAUUGAGGAGCCUCUGGAGGAAGCCAUGCCCUGCUGGCUCUAUCUGGGAGAGGUGCUGGUGUGGUCUAGCCGCUUGCGGCCUGAGCUGCAGGUGGAAGCCUGCCACGUCCAGUGCACCAAUAACACACAGUUAAGGGUGGAUUACGUCAUUUUUGACAACUUCAGGCUCGAUGAGAAGACAGAAUUUGUGUGGCUCGACUGUCCCUUAGGAUCCAUGUACAGGCCCGUCAACUGGCGUGCCAACGACACCCCCCUGACGUGGGAGAGCCAGCUCUCCGGCCAGGACUUCACCACCUUUCUGGACCCCUCCACCGGCGGCAGGCAGCUGCAGGUUUUCCAGCCGGCCGUCUACAAGUGCUUCGUGCAGCAGGAGCUCGUGGCCCAGUUCAAACCCGCCGCCAGUCUGGAGACGCUGGAGGCUCAGUGGAGAGAGAACGAUGCCCAGUGGCGGGAGGCAAGGAAGGCCCUGCGGGGCAGGGCGGACUCCGUGCUCAAGGGGCUGAAGCUGGUGCUGCUCGUGGUCACCGUCCUGGCCCUGCUGGGGGCGCUGCUCAAGUUCAUCCACCCUUCCCCGGGCAGGAGAAGCACACAGGUGCUGGUGGUGAAAUAAAGUGAGCCCCCGGUGCACAAGCGGACCCGGCCUCCGGUUCUCUCUUAGCCACAGCCGCCCCUUCUGUCACUUCCGCCCCCGUGCCCCAUAGCCCAGGG